GAUGGACUUAGACAGUCAAUUAUAAAUCAGCAUAGAUUUAAGGGUCCAUCCUGGCGAAAUACAAACGCCUGCGAUUGGUGCUCAAAUGCAUGGGAAGUAGCUAAAGCAUUUAUGCCACCAGAUGGAUAUGAAACGAUCAGCUCAUCUGAUGAAACAGAUUUGGACGGCUUUGUCAGUGUUCUUACCAACUUUUUCCUUUUUGAGAACUAUAUCCCCGACCUAGCAAACACGGCCAACGUUGCUACCAAGGUUCGCGAAAUUGGACGGAAAGUACGCCACGCAUCAAAACUUGAGGUUACCGACGAUGAGCUUAAACAAUGGUUUGGGGACAUGAAAGCGUUGUUUAAUGUACCACAGCACCUUGCAGCAAAUUCUUAUGCACAGAGUACGCUAGAUGUUUUGAACAAGUUGGAGCUUGACCAGUUGCAUAUCGAGAGGACGGACGUGCUCGAUGCCAUAAUAGAUGUAGUAACAUCAUUGAAACGCCUAAACUCUUCCGUGGACGCUGAAAACAUCAUCAAGCUCCAAGAAAUUCAGCAGGACAUUGAAACACAGGUUGAAGUACAUAAACGUAACGUUGGGGACUUGGUCGAUGAGAAGAAGGUUGAGGUAACACAGCAUGCGAGUACAUUGCAGCCGAUCAUCGAUAACAAUGUUGAUGCUGGCCAGCAGAGCUUUAACGAGUUUAAGAAAGAGCUAAAGAAAAUUCUGCUAAAACACCAUUCCACAAAUACUUCGACGCUGUCCCUGGGACCGUUUUUUCCUAAUGGUGAAUCAAGUAUUGAGGACUUCUAUGUACCACCAACGCUGUCAGAGGUAUUCACACAAACGACAUGUGAUAAUAAAAAGCUGUUAGAAACCAAGAAACAACCUAUUACAUCUCUUGAACCGCUGUUGACAAUGAACGAUACAUUGAAACAAUUCACAAUUAUAACAGCAAAUGCGGGUGUAGGCAAGACAUCCUUUUGUAAUUUUUUAGCUGUCCUAUGGUGCGCAUCGCAAACAAAUGAAAGAGAUGUUUUUAAACAUUUGGGGAAACGAUACAAUUUAUCAUUUGAUGUUUUAGAAGACAUAAAAUAUCUCUUUUACAUAGACAUGACCACUAUUCCAUCAGAAGUAAGAAAUUCCGUAGAAGAAAUACUUUAUAUUCAUUUGAAAGAUGAGCUAGGAUACAGUGAAGAUGACAAACAACUCUUCGAAAAGCUGUGCACACAAGAUAGAGGCUUGGUGAUUUUAGACGGUUUGGACGAAUCUGCCAUAUCUAAACUACAACCGCAAAUAGCCAACCGGACAUACAGCGUUGUACUUACUUGCCGUCCAUGGAAACUUGCAGACAUGGACAUACCAAGACACACGUAUCUGCAUCUUAGUGUCAAUGUUUUGGACGCUGAAUCCGUUGAAGAGCUUUUACGACAUGCAAACACAUGUCUAAACUCACAUUAUGGAACCACAUUUAAGGUCGAAGAUUUCUUGGCCGCUGUCAAGUCGCAAAAUCUGCAGUCCUUUACCUCAAACGCGCUCAUGGGUUUGCAAUUAUACUGUGUCUGGCACGGUCGAUGUAUAGACGACGAAACAACGCAAAAGAGCAAUAUCAAGCUGACGCUUGGGAAAACAAGGUCACUCAUUUAUGCCGACGUUUUAGAAAUGAUGUUUGAUAUAGGAAAAAAGAGGUAUAAAGAAAGCUUACCACGAGCUCAACUACAAGCUCCAAAUGAAAGGCGGCUUCCACCAUGUUUCGAGCGAUGCAAUACUUGUAAAGCAAACUCCGACACAAUAUAUGAAACAGGAAAAAUAGCAUUUCAAAUGUUAAUCGACUUGAAGUGGUGUUUUGAUCAGGAAACCAUGCCUUUGUUAAAAGAAAAUAAACUUCUACAAGCUUCAGGACUCAUAACAGCUAUAAAGUCACACAAAUGCAGCAUUAAAAAUACGAUGUAUCGUUUUUUACACAAAACCUACCAGGAAUUCUUUGCUGCUGUGUAUCUUUCGUCGUUGAAAUUCGAAAGUGAAGAUUGGAUGGCAUAUGAAAGCCAUUUCGAAAGUACAUUUACACCAGAGAUAAUGUUAUUUCUGUGUGUCAUGAAUUACGAGCAGGGCCAGCGAUGUGCGGAAAUGUUCGGGGACAUAGAUCGUACGUUUUACAGAAAGAGUACAUUCUAUUUCGAAAAGCUCAUCGAGUAUCAGUCUACGGUGCUGCAGUCGUACAACGAAUGUGUGAACAAUGGCGUUUUUGAGCCAAAGCUUGCGUUAAGGCACAGUUAUAUAGAUAAUGAGCUUAUGUCAGAUGACCAUUAUCUAUUGAAUUUCAACGCAAAAACGACAGAAACAUAUGCAGUGAAGCGUUACGGCGUAUGCGCAACGAAUAUGAAUUCCAAAGAAACAAUGGAAGAAAGAAACAUCACUUCAUUAAAAACCUACUAUUCAAAUCUGCAAGUUUUCCCCAAAACAUCUCUAACAACCUUGGAACUGAUAUGGCUUGACAAUUUUGAAAUACAUGAACGAAACAAUCCCAUAAAUUUUGUUCAUUGCGAAAAUCUUAAAGUAUUGAUACUACAGAACAUCCGUCUCAGGCGUGUGGCCAUCGCCCCGGCCCAGCUUGAGCAGCUUGUGGUUUCGACCCGUGAAGAUCUUUGGAAGAAGAUUCCGCCAAUGGAAGUGACAUUCGCACAUGGAGAACAGUUUUCCAACAGACUAAGAGAACUCAGUCUGGUCCACAUUUUUUUGAAUGGACGCCUAGAUAUAAGUCAGUGCGAUAAACUUCAGAAGCUGGAACUGGACACAAUGUCAUUCCGUGCCACCUACCACCUGGAUGUAUCAUCAUUCACUGACCUCACUCAGAUAACACUGAAGGACAUCCGCCUCUGGCAAUUGACCAUCGGCCCGGCCCAGCUCGAAUUGUUCUGCGUCUCCACCAGCGAAAACAUGUGGGAUACGAUUCCGGCAAUGGAGCUGUCAUUCCAACAUAGAGAACAGUUUUCAAGCAAACUACGGGAGCUCUGGCUCGACAACAUUAGUUUAGAUAGACAAUUAGAUAUAAGUCAGUGUGCUAAACUACAGACACUGAAACUGGACACAUUAUCAUUUCCUGACGACUACCAUCUGGACAUAUCCUCAUUCACUGACCUUACUAGGAUAACACUAAACGACAUCUCCCUUAUGCAAUUGACCAUCGCCCCGGCCCAGCUGGAAUUGUUCUGCGUCUCAACCAGCGAAUACAUGUUGGAUACGAUUCCGGCAAUAGAGGUGUCAUUCCAAGAUGGAGAACAAUUUUCCAGCAAACUUCGGGAGCUCAGUCUGGACAACAUUACUUUAAAUGGACCCUUAGAUAUAAGUCAAUGUGAUAAACUACAGACACUUUGGCUGAACACAUUAUCGUUCCCUGAAGACUAUCACCUGAACGUAUCCUCCUUCACAGAUAUCACAAAGAUAACAUUACGGAACGUCCGACUCCAGCAUGUGACUAUCGCGCCGGCUCAGCUUGAGCAAUUCUGGGUGCUUACUAAAAAAGAACACCGUGACAAGAUUCCGCCUAUGGAGGUUACAUUCGCAUAUGGGGAACAGUUUUCAAACAAAUUAGUGGAACUCCGUCUUGGUAACAUUAUAGUAAAUGGACGGCUUAAUAUAAGUCGGUGUAAUAAACUUCGGAAGCUGCGACUGGACAGAGUAGCAUUCCCUGACGAUUAUCACCUCGACAUGUCCUCCUUCACGGAUCUCACUAGAGUAACACUACAAAACGUCAGUCUGAAACAUGUGACAAUCGCCCCGGGGCAGCUGGAAGUGUUCUGUGUCUUAACCAGGGAUGAACUCCUGGGAAGGAUACCCCCCAUGAAUAUGACAUUUGCACAUGGAGAACAGUAUACCAACAAACUACGGAAUCUCGGUCUGAACAACAUUAUUUUAAAUUCACACUUAGAUAAGAAUCAGUUUGAUAGACUACAGACUCUUUGUCUGAUCACAUUAUCAUUCCCUGACGACUACCACCUGGACGUAUCAUCAUUCACUGACCUCACUGAGAUAAUACUACGUAACAUCUGCCUCAAGCAAAUGACCAUUGCCCCGGCGCAGCUGGAGACAUUCUCGGUGGUCACCGAUGAAGACCUGCGGGAAAAGAUUCCACCCAUUGAGAUGACAUUCGCACAUGGAGAACAGUAUACCAACAAACUUAAGGAGCUCAGUAUGGACAAUAUUGUAUUAAAUGGAUACCUUGAUAUAAGUCAGUGUGAUAAACUACAGGAACUGCGACUGUAUGAUGUAUCAUUCCCUGGCGAAUAUCACCUCGACAUAUCCAGCUUCACAGACCUAACUAGGAUAAAAUUACGGAAUGUCCGCCUCUGGCAUAUAACAAUUGCCCCCGCUCAGCUUAAGCAGUUCUGUGUCUACACAAAUACUAACCUACUGGACAAGAUACCCGCCAUGAAGGUCACAUUCGAUGAUGGGGUACAAUUUACUAACAAACUACUAGAGCUAGGUCUUGGCAACAUUGUUUUAAAUGGACAACUAGAUAUAUCUCAAUGUGAUCAACUGCAGACUUUGCAGCUGGUUACAAUUUCAUUCCCUGACGACUAUCACCUGGACGUAUCAUCAUUUACUGACCUCACUGAGAUCAUUCUACGUAACAUCUGCCUCAAGCAAAUGACCAUUGCCCCGGCGCAGCUGGAGACAUUCUGGGUGGUCACCGAUGAAGACCUGCGGGAAAAGAUUCCACCCAUUGAGGUGACAUUCGCACAUGGAGAACAGUAUACCAACAAACUUAAGGAGCUCAGUAUGGACAAUAUUUUAUUAAAUGGAUACCUUGAUAUAAGUCAGUGCGAUAAACUACAGAAACUGCGACUGUACUAUGUAUCAUUUCCUGAUGAAUAUCACCUCGACAUAUCCAGCUUCACAGACCUCACUAGGAUAAAAUUACGGAAUAUUCGCCUCUAUCAUAUAACCAUUGCACCCGCUCAGCUAGAGCGUUUCUGGGUCUAUACAAAUACUAACCUACUGGACAAGAUACCCGCCAUGAGGGUGACAUUCGAAAAAGGAGAACAGUUUACAAACAAACUGUUGGAACUCAGUCUGUGCAACAUUGUUUUAAAUGGACUACUAGAUAUAUCUCAAUGUGAUAAACUGCAAAGACUUGUGCUGAACGCAUUAUCAUUCCCUGACGACUAUCACCUGGACGUAUCCUCCUACACGGACCUCACUGAUAUAGAACUACUUGACAUCCGCCUCAAGCAUUUGACCAUUGCCCCGUUAAAGCUUGAAUGUUGUUUGGUCUUUACCAGUGAAGACCUGCGGGAGAAGAUUCCUCCAAUGGAGGUGACAUUGGCACAUGGGAAACAGUACAGCAACACCCUACUGGAGCUGUUUCUUGGCAACAUUAUUUUAAAUGAUCGUCUUGAUAUUAGUUCGUAUGAUAAACUGCAUACUUUGCAGCUGGAGUCAUUGUCAUUCCCUGAUGACUAUCACCUUGACUUGUCCUCAUACACGGACCUCACUGAGAUAGCACUACUUGACAUCCGUCUCAAGAAAUUGACCAUUGCCCCGUUUAAGCUUGAAUUGUUCGGGGUCUCAACCAGUGAAGACCUGUGGGAUGAGAUUUCUCCAAUGGAGGUGGCAUUAGCACAGGGGGAACAAUACAGCAACACUCUACUGGAGCUCAUUCUGGACAAUAUUAUUUUAGAUGGAAGCCUAGAUAUAAGUCAGUGUAAUAAACUGCAGAAUUUGAAGCUGGAUAAAUUGUCAUUCCCAGAUGAAUAUCACCUGGACAUGUCCUCAUUUACAGACCUCACUAAAAUAACACUGCAGAACAUCCGCAUACAGCAUUUGACUAUUGACCCGUCUAAGCUAGAACAGUUCUCGGUUUCCACCAGUGAAGACCUGCUUGAGACAAUUCCGCCAAUAAAAGUGACGUUCGCCCAGGAAGAAAGGUUUUCGAAUAAGCUACGCGAGCUCAUUCUGGAUAAUAUUGUAUUAAAUGGAAACCUAGAUAUAAGUCAGAGUUGUAAGCUAAAGACACUGCGACUGGCCACAUUAACAUUCCCUGAAGACUAUCACCUGGACUUGACCUCAUACGCGGACCUCACUGUGAUAUCUUUUCGUAACGUCCACCUUCGGCAUGUGACCAUCUCCCCGGCCAAGUUUGAGAUAUUUAGGGCGUUGAACGUUGAACAUAUGAGAGGAAAUAUACAGCCGAUGGAGGUGACAAUUUUAGGUGGGGCAAAGUUCACUCACAAGUUAAAGAAAUUGGGCCUGGUUAACAUCAUUUUAGACGAACCUAUUGAUUUAAGUCAGUGUUCCAAUAUAACAGAAAUUAAGCUUAGUGAGGCCAUUCUCAGCGAUGCCAAAGGUGUUCCUGAGGUUAUGCAACGAAUGAAAAUGUAUCGCUCGGAAGGGUGUGUAAUUUAUGAGCAAGUUCACUCAAAACAAAUAUAA